CUUGUUAUUAUUAUUUUCUAUAUGUCAUAAUUGUAGACGAAGACGAAGCUCCGAUAAGACGCAGGGGAAAGACUACGAUGGAGAAAGUCCAUACGAGGUCAGUACUCAAAAGAGUUGUCAUUGGAAUGAAUGACAAGCUCCAACCAGUAGCAGAUGAUGAUAAAACUAGAGCUGAGCUAGGUAGUUUUUUGGGAACAUUACGGAGGUGUGUUCCACUAUCUUACACAAAUUGGUCUAAAGUUCCUAAAAGCUUGAAGACUAAUUUAUGGAGUUAUGUGCAGCAACGAUACAUUAUUCCCGACGAAUUGGAAAGGUAUUGUCUCGAGUCAAUUCGUGAUUCCUGGAGGGGGUGCAAGAGUCGCAUUAAAACGAAUCAUUAUAAGAAAUAUGAGACUGAUGAGGAGAGGCUAGCAAACAGGCCAGAGGAUAUUCCAUUGGAGGAAUUCAAACAGCUAUUGGUGCAUUGGGCAGAUCCAAAAGAACAGAAAAAGUCUGUGACAAAUACGGAAAAUCGUAAAUGCUAUACGGACACACACACUGCUGGUCCCGUAUCGUUUGCCCAAAUUCGGAAGAAACUGCCCGAAGCAUCAGAUGCAGAAGUUUUUUUAAAAACUCGCAAGAGAAAUUCCAAAAACGAGUACAAGUCCAAUACUGCUGUGAUGAACUACAGACUUGAGAAAAUUGAAAAAGCAGUGAAUACAGGGGAAGGUAGUUCUAACAUUGAUGAUCUUGUCACUAAUGGUAAAACACAUGGCCCGUCUUGGCUUAUUGGACGAACAAUCAAGUCUGCCGAGGUUCCAACCCCUCCUGCCACGAACACUUACAUCCAGGAGUUGACAUCUCAGAUCAGGCAAAAUCUCGAAGUGGAAAUUGAAGCCAAGGUAAAAAAAGAUGUCCAGGAAGAAGUAGAUUCAAAGCUCGCUAUGGUUCUGAAAAAGUUAAGCGAGGCAAAUCCAAAUUUACAAAUUAAUUUAGGAGAUCUUUGUGCCACCAUUUCUAGUGACAAUGACAAUGGUACUCCGUUGACCAGGGAUGCAAGCUCUUAGGUUAUAACGAAGUUAUCAUAGUACACUAAGUGAUCUUUUGGUACUAAUUAUAUAUUAGAUGUCGCUGUUUAUCUAGGACAACUAUGGAUAUUUACUUUUGUUGAAAAUGAUAGUCUGAUGAACUUGCCUAUGUAUGUCUAGCAGUUGAACAUUUGCGACUGUGAUAUAUAUAUAUUCUGGUACUUCGAAUUAUCUAGAUGGUGAUUUCAUCUUUGGUGUUA